UGCAUAUUGAAGUAAAGUAGUUCAGUAAAAUGAUCUGAAAACUGAUUCCACCUACCUAGCUGUGGUUACCAAUCUCUCUCUCUCAGUGUGUAUGCAGUAGGAGACAGCGGAAGAGGAGGACAAUGGCCCUCAGCCGGUUGUCACUCGGAGGAAGCCGUUCGCUGGGCCAGGUGUGUGCGCGUGCGCUCGCAACAGGACCACAGCCUCCAGAUCCAAAAAGUGUAUACUAUGGAAGGUGGAGUGUGUCAGAAAGAGUAAUUCAGCUACCUCACAUCAAAUUUCUGAAAACUGGCUGGGCCAGAAGGCCGAAGCGUGCACUCGAGCAAGAAAAGUUCAACAUGCGUACUGUACCAAGAAAUCGUUUUCUUGUGAACCAGCGCUUGAUGGAAAUGGACCAAGCUGGGGAGAAGAUCAGUGAUAUCACUCAAUCCGAUGCUGAUGAAGCCGAAAGUAGCGUAGCUGAGGAUCACGAGGGAGAGAACGAGUCAGCCGGAUUGCCUGGACUGAGCCUGUUCAAUCGAAACCACCGUACCGUGGCACCGCAUGAGGUUGACAAGAAGAUGCAUGCCAUGGUCAAGCAGUACUACACUGCAGAAGAUGGUGACGUCGACGGGGACUGGACCAGCAUUGAACUAACCGACUUGUUGAAGAAAUUCCAUUUGUUGGCACACUGUGGCAAGGAGUUUGACGCCAUCAUGUCCAACUCGCGCCUGACCGAAAUGAAAACUGUGGGCGAUGUUCUGGCACACUAUCAGCGUGAGCCCGAGAAGAUGGUGUAUUACAAGAAUUUGAACUUGGAGGAACUCCCGGAGAAUGUCAAAUUCCAGAUCAAGCGCGAGUAUGUGCUGCGCAAGGGUGAUCUUGCCAACCAGGAUGAAUAUCGCAAGCGGAAAGCAUCGUGGGCCACUGUCAAGCUAGCUGAAGGAGCCCAUGCGUAACGUUGCCACGGCCACUGCUGCUCAUUGGGCAGGCUGUAUUGAAGCUUUCCGCAAAGACUUUAGAGCUGCUUUGCUCCUGAUUUUAUUAUUGUCUACAUCAAAGACGGGCCAGGCCAUUUGGAAGAUAUGGUCAGGCCGCCGGUGCACAGCCACCCACCCCAACACACCAGAACAGAACAAGCCAAGAACUAUGGACUGUUGCAUUUCAACAGGUUAGCCUGCAUAGGCAAGCACUUUUUGUACAGGAAUUUUCUUGGAAUCAAGUGUACAUUUCUCAAGGAUGACCCUAGGCAAGACGAAAACUGGUCGCGCUGAAUAUAUUUCUUUGCUGUAUCAAACGUGGCUAAAGGUUCAACGGUCGGCCAGGCUUUAAUUCCAGCUAUUAUCUGGAAAAAGUCUUCAUAUUAUAAGAACAUGCGACUGACCGCUGAAAUUAUUUCUUAGCCACGUAUUAUCCAAAAAGAGGACCAAAAGUUUACAAGUUAUCCGUUUUGUCCAACACUAACGGUUAUAAGCAGAAUACUGUUGAGUCAAAAAUGUGCAACAAUUAGCACAAAACUGACUGGUGAGAUCAUGACAUUCAACGACCUGAUGCUUCUGCUUAUUACCGUUUAAAUAGUGUUGGACAAAACGGAUAACUUGUAAACUUUUGGUCCUCUUUUUGGAUUUUUUAAAAUCCUUGGCUCUCCAUCCGAGUUUAAUCCACGUAUUAUCAAGUGUACUUGUACUUAGUUGAACAUCAUGCAACACUGGGACAUCUCCAUCCAAAGUAUUCUACUCUGGAGAAAUCACACGCUCAAUAUUGAUGUCAAUAAAUGUUCGUGUGCUUGCCAUGGGCAAAAUUAGACAUAAA